AUGAGACUCUUUUUCCAGAGGAUAGGUGGAAUAGUUCGGGAUUUACUACUUCGAUAUUGGCUUUUCGUGAUUUUGUUAAGUUCUGAGCUGCUGGAUCUCCCUCUUCAGGGAAGACGCUUUACUUGGAAAAAUUCACUCUCUCAGUCGCGUAUAGACAGAUGUUUGAUUUCAGCUAAUGCCGGGCCUAUUUGGCCGCAGAUGUCGCUUACUGCUUUACCUAGAGGUCAGUCUGAUCACGUCCCUAUUCAUUUUCGCAGUGCUAAUGUUUUUGAUUGGGGGCCCAAGCCUUUUCGCUCUGUUAAUACUUGGUGGGAGCAUAAGGAUUUUAGCAGUUUUGUUGCUGAGAGUUGGGGCUUAAAUUCUGAGGUUUUUGGUGAUCAAAACAAAAGUAUUAAAGAGCUUUCUCAAGAGAUUCUUGUUAAGAAAAUUGUUGCAAAAUCUGGGCUACUCACUGAGACUGAAAAAUAUGAUAUUAGCAAGCUAAAAACAGAAUUAUGGACAGCGGAGAGAAGAGUGGACUCUUUAUGGGUUCAGAAAUCUAGGUUGAAAUGGAACGUUGAAGGGGACAGAAACACCAAGUUUUUUCAUAGUGUGGCUUCUACACAUUAUAGAAACAACCACAUUUUUUCUAUUCAAGUGGGAGACAUUACUUUUGUUGAGCCUACGAAUAUCAGACUACAUAUCAGGAAUUUUUUUAGUUCUCUUUACAGUCAAAGUGAUAGGAUUGUCUAUGAUUUAUCAGGUUUGACUUUUUCAAAAGUCACGAUUUCACAAGCUGAUAUUUUGAUUAGACCGUUCAUGGAGAGUGAGAUUUUUGGUGCUCUUUGUUCUUGCGGUAUUAACUCCUCUUUCAUGGUUCUGAUUCCUAAGGUGGCGGGAUCUUCGAAUAUCAAAGACUACAGACCUAUCAGUUUAGUGCAUGGCCUUUUCAAGCUUCUUUCGAAGGCAAAUGGAUUGAGUGGAUGA